AUGAUCCGCGUCGCCCCGUCGGCAGCGGAUGGCCAUCGCAGUGCGCGCGUGGCGCACCAGUUCUUCAAUUGCGCCCAAGAGAUGCCAGAGGGCGAAGCGACGUUCGCUACCCUCGAAGCGUUGGGAAGGCCAACGCAGGACUGCUGGUUCCACCGCAUUCCCCAACGGGACUUGGAUCCCGCUGUCGCGGCCGGCGACACCAACAUCUCCAUCCUCGCUGUCGUGACCGGCGGGGCCUGCGGCGAAUCAACGGCCCUCGGGUUCACGGCUGGCCCUGCUGUCCGCGAUUACUUUGUGCAGGGUAAGGCCGACACGACGGCCGACCAGUGGCAUCUUAUCCACCCGUACUUUCAAUCCCAGGGCACUCCUAUUGCUGCGAUCGCAUUCCACAUGGGCGGCGCCGAGCACAGUGACAGCGGUUUUAUCAUCGCCGGCCCGCGGCAUCAGAGCACCCCGCUUGCGCCGCCGCCAUCAACAGCGCAGCGGCUAGAGUCCAGCGUGGCAUCAGACAACCAGCAGACAGCAGCGAGAGGCAGGCAACAGCGAGGUUUCAACUUUUGUGACGGCGCACCCCUGACUGGCGGCGAGCGGCUGGAGCUGUGCUACUUCCCCGCGGCGUUGGGCAUCCGCUCUUUCGCAGGAGGCGACGGCGAGACCGAGCCAAUCGACCCUUGCUUCGAAGCCAACUUUGCUCGGGACCCCCACCUCUCCCUCCCGCGCGGCGGACGCGCCGACUUCCGCGGGCGCGACGGCCAGUACUACUGCUUCCUCUCGGCGCCGCGCCUUGCCAUCAACAUCAAGACGGAGGACGCCACCUUCCGCCUUCACAACCUCCACGACAAGGGCGGCACGCUGGUGCACUUUGUGGCACGCGUCGGUGGGCGGAAGAACAAGCUCUGCCUCGCCUCCUUUUGGGCUAGCGAGUUCAACGAAUACAACACGGGCUUCAACAUGAUCAACGGCUCCUGCGGCGGCGGCCACUUCUUCCUCGGCACCGGCAACUCCAAGAAGUGCGAGGAGAUUCUCAUCGAAGUCCGCUUCUCGAGCGCCGAGUUCACCGUCGGCGACUGGGCCUCUGUCGUGCGCGGCAACUGGGCCUUUGCGUCGACUGAGCCGCGCCACGGCCGCGUCGACGAGUACCCCGCUUCGGGGACCUUUCGGACCUCAGCGAUGGCAGAAGGCGCCGCGGCGUGCGCGCCCCACCGGACCUCGGCGCGGCGUUCUGAGCUGCGCUGCCGCUCCACAGGCGCCAUCGAAGGCGAGGCAGCCAUGUACGAGGUGGCGGCGCCGCACACCACCACGUUUCGCUUCUCUCGCUUCGAGGCCGCCGAGGCGACCGAGGGACAGCCCGGAUUGCUCGCGGCGGACGCCGCCGCCGCGUCGUCGGACGGCGCGAUUGAGGCGUCGCACCUCGCGAGCCGGCGGCGGCUGUCCGAGUACUACCAGCCACUCAAUCCUGGGUGCGACGGUUUCGAUUGCUAUUACGUCAACUGCAUUCUCUCAGAGCAAGAGCAACAGGCGAACGCCCUCUCCGGUGCCUCCACCCACAGCCCCAAUUUAUGGGUGGGGCAGCGCAAACACGACUGCGCACAACAUGCAUGCGGAAACACCGAGAAUAGCCCAACACACGACUGGCACCCAGACUGCACAUCUCCGACCCGCGCGUGUGGCUUUUACCUCGGGUGGGGCGGCAUCGAGUACUGCAGCAAGUUCGACAAGGACCACCCCUGCAUCUUCUACGCGUAUGGCGACUGGACGGGCUUUUACGCAGCUGGAGGGCCAGACGGACAAUUUACGACUCAGGGCUGGAUACAUUGCUCCUCGAGGCUUGCGGGGCUGAUCAUCCAACUCAUGCCGAAAGACGGCAAUCACUAUUUUGCAAGCUCAGAGCUCGAUGGUCCACUCGGAGGGGAGUAUCGAAUAGUCGGCAACUGGGCGAGAGGUGACUGCCAGUCCGAGCUAGCCUACUGUCCGGACGGCAGUGAGGUCAAUAGCGACGGCCUGCUCGACGAGGUGACGAGGCCAACAGACUGGCCGAUGUGCUGGAAGAAGUGCUACAACGUCGGCACAGGCGAUCCUCUCCAAGAUCCUGGCCUUUGGCACCCGGGAAGUGAUUGCGACCCCAUUUGCCGAUGGCCGUAA